AACCUGAUACUUGUGAUCAUAAAAAGCAUAAUUAUUUGGUAUUUCAACCUGCCUACUUUUUGUCAUUGACUAUUUUUUUCUUCUUUUUUAAUUUAUGAUUAUCUUGAUAUAUUUUAAAGAAAAAUUAAUUGCGAGGAAUUGAUUUAUAAAAAUGUCAGAGAAAAAGACAAGUGCGGAACAGUCCACCAAGGAACCACAGCCGAGUGUGGAACAGUCAAAUGAGAAGCCGCCAAAAGAGGAUCAAUUUUCGGAAGAACAAAACUCAGAGGAAGUAGCAAAAUGGAAGGCCGAAUUUGAAACUUUGGCUGAUGUGGAUGGAUUAAUCACCAGUGACGAUCUAGAAAGAUGCCUUCAGAGACAAAAUAAGAACCCAACACAGCGUGAUAUGCAAGCUUUGCUGUCGAGUAUUGAUAAAAAUGGUGAUGAAAAGAUUGGCUGGGAAGAAUUCGUAAAGUUCCAACAAGAAGCAUCUAAGAUGACGUUUUACAGCUCUGACAUUCAACUGGACCUUGAAAAGGCGUUAGAAGCAUUUGAUGAUAAUAAUGAUGGGACCAUUAGCAAAGAUGAACUGAAAAAGAUUCUUGUGGAUUAUGAUGACGAAACACUUGAUGAAGUCAUAAAAGAAGCUGAUACUAACAGUGAUGGUCAGCUGUCUAUUAAAGCAUUUUACAGACACGGCUGCUAAUCGCGGAAUUCGUGCACCAGAGGUGCUCCGCUUCGAUGCACAGAACUUGCUGCACAUUUGACAAAAACAGUGGGUUGAUGCCGGAUGUACAUUGAACGCUUGAUUGUGCUGUCUUGCAUGAAAUACGAAUUAUUAGUCCCCUACUGGUUGAAAACCAGUUUCGGGGACUAUUGGAAUGCGCUUUUCCGUCAUUCCGUCCGUCGGUCCGUCCGUCCGUCCGUCCGCAAUUUCGUGUCCGGUCCAUAACUCUGUCAUCAAAGGUUCCCCAUGAUGAGAUGACGUGACAUGCGCAAAACCCGGACCCCUAGCUCAAAGGUCAAGGUCACAAUUGGAGGUCAAAGGUCAACAGGGCUUUUUUCCUGUCCGGUCCAUAACUCUCCCAUCCAUGAAGGGAUUUUAAUAUUACUUGGCACAAAUGUUUCCCAUGAUGAGACGACGUGUCAUGCGCAAAACCCGGACCCCUAGCUCAAAGGUCAAGGUCACAGUUGGAGGUCAAAGGUCAACAGGGCUUUUUUCCUGUCCGGUCCAUAACUCUCCCAUCCAUGAAGGGAUUUUAAUAUUACUUUGCACAAAUGUUCUCCAUGAUGAGACGCCGUGUCUUGCGCAAAACCUAGACACCUAGCUAAAAGGUCAAGGUCACAGUUUGAGGUCAAAGGUCAACAGGAUUUUUUUCCUGUCCGGUCCAUAACUCUGCCGUCCAUAAAGGGAUUUUAAUAUUACUUGGCACAAAUGUACCUCAUAAUAAGACGAUGUGUCAUACACAACUUCCAGACCCCUAGAUCAAAGGUCAAGGUCACACUUAGCAGUCAAAUGUUAACAUAGCAUGAACAGGGUCUGUUUCGUGUCCUGUCAAUAACUCUGACAUUCAUUAAGGGAUUUUAAUAUUACUUGGCACAAAUGUUCCCCAUGAUGAGACAACGUGUCGUGCGCAAAUCCCGGACUCUUAGCUCAAAGGUCAAGGUCACAAUUGGCGGUCAAAGGUCAAUAUUUUUUUUUCCUGUCCGAUCCAGAACUCUGUCAUCCAUCAAGGGAUUACAAUAUCACUUGGCAUAAUUGUUCCCCAUGAUGAGAUGACAUGUCGUGCGCAACACCGAGUACCCUAGCUUAAAGGUCAAGGUCACACUUUGAGAUCAAAGGUCAGUAGGAUUUUUUUCCUGUCCAGUCUAAAACUUUGUCAUGCAAAAUAGGAUUUAGAUAUCAGUUGGCACAAAUAUUCCCCUGGAUGAGACAACAUGUUAUGCACAGAACCCAAGCCCAAGGUCUAAUGUCAAGGUCACACUUAGAGACCAAAGGUCAGACACAAGAAUGACUUUGUCUGGAGCAUUUCUUCUUCAUGCAUGGAGGGAUUUUGAUGUAACUUGGCACAAAUGUUCACCAACAUAAGACGGAUUGUCGUGCGCAAAAACCAGGUCGCUAGGUUUAAGGUCAAAGUCAUAUUUAGAGGUCAAAGGUCAAAUUCAAGAAUGACUUUGUCCGGAGCAUUUCUUCUUCAUGCAUUGAGGGAUUUUGAUGUAACUUGGACCAAACGUUCACCACCAUGAGGCACCCUUGUUUUUAGAAUUACGUCCCUUUGUUUUACUUUAAAUAGAUUUUAUUGUAACUUUUUUAUUAUUGGCCGUAGAGAAAAAUCGAGACCACUUUUCUGCUGUACAACAUGCAUGUUACAUCCAUUUUUUAGGUGUAUUUUGACCUAUCUCUACCUGGUAAAGAGUUUCUUGUGGACUUAUAUUAUAUAGAUUUUUUUUUUUUUUUUUUUUUUAAGAUUAAUUUCCCUUUGUUGGUACUAUAAAUAACUUAUAUGAUAACUUUUUUAUAAUCGGCAAAAACAUUUCAAUAUGAAAACAACUGGGUUUUUACAUAUGCACAUUUUAAUCCAAGUGUGUUGUUAUAACAUAUUGUAUAUAAUAGUACAAUAUUGUUUAUACAUCAUUGACAGAUAUCAGUUCAUGAUUUUAUACUGCAGUAGAGAAAAUUAGGUGCCUUCCAGUAGGGGACUUUGUAUUGCAUGGCAAUACUUCAUUCACUUGUUAUUUUAAAUUGUGUAACAAAUAUUGUGUAAUAUCUAACGUUGCAUACCUAUGAGGUCCUUGAAUAUAUUUUUCAUCUUUAAACACAGAUAAUUUUUUAAACUUGCAAAAAUAUAUUAGUUGAAAGUGAAAAUUGCUUAGUUGUAAACGACUAUUUAUGCAGUUUUCACCGCUGUCAUAAUUCAUAAACGUAGGAAUGGCUUUUGGAUUAUCAUAAUGGCCGGACCUACGACUUUUGACUGUUUACUCGUAAAUUUAUUUCACGUUGGACAGUAUUAAUAAAAACUAAUGUCAUUAAAAUGAUAAAAAAUAUUUAAAUAAAUGUACACCUUUUACAAGUUUCGUCAAGAGACGUCACUUGCUGACAUGACAAAAUAGUUUUCCGAUAUGGAUUUUAUUUGAUUUUAAACAAAAUGAUCACUGCAAGAUCACUUGUUCUCAAAACCUGUAUAAAUGGGCUUAAAUUUGUGAUUUGUUAAUCAGUCAACGUACAGUUCAUUGUCCAUUUUGUGACUCGUGUUAAUCAACUGUAAACAUACCUUGAUGUCAUCAACUGUGAUUGAAAAAUUCUGCCCUUUAGUUUGCAAAACGUCUCGAUCACAUCAUUUCCCCUCCCCCAGCCCGAGUUUGCUCGUGUUUCUUUUGCCUUUCUUAUGUUGUGACCAUUUCCUGUUCGAUUGUCGAGUGAUUGCUUAUUCAUACUGCAAUACAGAGUGGUCGGCAAGAUGUGGAGUAUUAGAAAUGUUUAAUGUCCAAUUUCAAAAAUACAGCAGCAAAAGCGUCGCUCUCCGCCAAUAUGGGUUUCCUGGCCAGUGUAUCCCGUAUUUGGUCUUGUACUUUACUUAAACAUAUAAUACUUCGUCCGAGCUUUACACGGGUAAAUAAAUAUAAUGGCCGUCGCUCUCCGCCGAUAUUGGUUUCCUUGCGGUAUCUAUAGCUUUUAAAAUCAUUUUUGUAUCAUGAUGCGAAAAUAUAGCCGAAAUUAGAAAUUUAAUUCAUGUAACCAAAAACUGAAAUAGUCUGCGCAGGUCCAUGGAUGGAUAUGUUACAAUCAAAUAAUGUUUGUUUCUACUUUGCGAAUGUAUGUAAAUAAACAUAUUUCUUGUACACCGGGUUGGCGUUUCCAAUGAGUUUACCCAUGUCAUCAAACCCCAUCUAGCACUCCUACAGCUAACGAACUUCAUAUCUGUAGUAAUGAAAAAUGUUUUAAAUUCAAUAAAAAGUAAAAUACCUUGAUAGUUGCCUUUUGGUACUUAUUAUGCACUGAAACUUGUUACGGAAAUACAUGGAGGAUAUUACACGAGUGUCUUUGUAUGCUGACUUUAUCAAACGAGGCGAAUAGAAAAUAAAGUCACAUCUAAGUUUUUACUGCUGAAAAAUCGAAAUUCCAUCUUUCUUGAGAUAUUUUUGCAUAAAAUCUACCUUUUCGCUUGAUUCGAAAUUCAUGUAUAAACAAAGCAAUUCGUGUCUUACAUGUUUUUGUUGUUGUUUUUUAGCUUACAUCAGCACGAAGUCCGUUGCGCGUGCGUGCGUCCUUCCGUCCGUCCAUCGUCAACACUGAAUAUCUCUAAACAACAUCUCCUCCAAACCACUCAAUGGAUUUUUAUGUAAAUGGUUCCACUUGGUUACAUAUGGGGGACACCAGAGCUAAAAAUAGAAAGUUCUUCAGGCGACAUCUCCUCUUAAACCACUGUUCUGACUUCGAAAUAAUUUCACACAAGUGGUCCUUAUGCAACCUUCUACUAUGAUUGUUCUUCCGAUUCGUCAAAACACGGCCGCUUAGGAGUGUGGUCGCUUUUCCAUAUAUAUGUAUGUAGUGGAAAAAUCUUCUUGUUUGAUAUUUUCAUAUCACAUAAUUCCCACAACUCUUACCCUACCUUCCCUCCCCUCCCCCCCCCCCCCCCCCCCGCAACCACUCCCAAAACACUAGCACUCUUUCAAUAUAAUUCCCAUAAAGGUCUGUUUUUUGUUGCAUAAAAACGCUAUCCAAUUCAAUCUAUAGUACGUUUCUCUAUAUAGGUGAUCACCCUCCUUAAAAUGCUCACUCUAGUUUGAACCGGCAUUAGAAAAAGAAGACAUCCGAUUUUGUCGUCAAAUAUCGGUGAACAUAUUGAGUGUUUAUUUUAAAGGAAUCAUAUCAACGUUGCUGAGAAGUAUUUACUGAUAUGUUUGUAUUUAAUUUCUCACAAAAUGCAAAUAAAUUUUGGAACCUGA